GACUUAACUUUUGAUCCGGCCCCCUAGGGGCGUGGUCUCCCCCGCGCGCCUGUUCCCGGAAAUGUCGCCGAGUGUCGCCUAGCCCCGCCCUCCUGCCCGGGAGAGGCGUUGCCAUUGCUGCCGCUGCCUCUGUCGCUUUGGUCAUGCCGAAGCACGAGUUCUCCGUGGACAUGACCUGUGAGGGCUGUGCGGACGCCGUGGCCCGCGUCCUCAACAAGCUGGGAGGCCUGGGAAGGGGACUUCAGCCCACAUCCGCCUCUCUGUGCUGCGGCUCCUUCACAAGCCACAUUGUGUCCUCUGGAGUGCAGGGGCUGGCCCCUGAGGACAGGUGCGCAGACAUCCCCUUCCCCCUCGAGGGCUUGGGGACACCUGCCCUGGAGCUGGGAGUCCAGGGACAGUUUUGGUUUUUGUUUCAGCAGCACUGGGGGUUGAGCCCAGGGCCUUGGCACUGAGCUGUGUCCCAGCGCUCUAUUUUUUGUGUGUUCGUUUGUUUAUUUUUGGUACCGGGUAUUGAACUUAUUACCUCGUGCUUCCCAGGUUGGCACUUACACCACUGAGCUAAGUCCCUGGCCCUUUUAUUUUUUAUUUUUAAGUCGUGGUCUUGCCAAGUUGCCCGGGCUGGGCUCAAGUUUGUUUUCCUGCCUGGCCCUGAUGGGAAAGUUUUGUCCAUCCCUGGCCUCAAGGAAAGAGGGCAGGGUGACUGCAAGCAAUGAUUUAGCAGCCUGGACGCUCUGUUGCUGGAAGUGGGAGGGUCUCAGCCUCUGCUCCCCAUACCCCGUUUCCUCUUC